UCUGACGGCGACAAGCGACACGCGGAGCAUGUAUGCUACACUGCUGGAGAAAGUCGGGCAGGUUCUGGUUCCGGGGGACGAGUUCCACCUUCGCACAGAUGACACAAUCUCUUUGUCAGAACCGCAGAGGGCGGAGAAGAUGAUUUGUGGUCCGGGUCUGAGGCGCAGUGGGGAGCGAGUGGUGGUCUGCAAGAGCGGACUUCUGCGACACAAACACCCGAACAUGUUCUGGGUGGACUCACAACAGAAGAGGUACGUUCCGGCUCGAGGGGACACUGUCAUCGGUAUUGUUACGGCCAAAUCCGGGGACGUCUUCAAGGUGGAUGUGGGUGGUUCCGACGCAGCGUCGCUGUCUUACCUGGCCUUCGAAGGCGCCACCAAGAGGAACCGACCGAACGUGCAGGUCGGUGACUUGGUGUUUGCUCAGUUUGCGGUAGCCAAUCAACACAUGGAGCCGGAGUUGGUGUGUGUGGAUGCUGCCGGCCGUGCCAACGGGCUGGGGGUGUUUGGCGGCGAUGGGCUUUUGUUCAAAGUGUCUCUGGGACUCGUGAGGAGGCUUCUGUCUCCACUAAGUGACCUGCAGGUGGCUUUGCAACAACUGUAUCCAUUUGAGCUGGUCAUUGGGAUGAAUGGACGUCUGUGGGUCAAGUCCUCCAGCGUCCAGCGGACGCUCAUCAUUGCCGCUCUGCUGGAAAGCUGCGAAAACAUGUCUCUAUCUCAGAGACAGCAGCUGUUUCAGCGGGUGGCCCAGGGGGCGCUGUAGGUGCCCACAUAUGUGGUGUGAGGAGACGUGGUGUAGCUGCGAGACCCAUUCCAGGAGUGGUCUACAUGAUGUGGUCAUAUUUAUCUCCUAUUUUGUAAUUUUGUAAUAAAACCUCUCUGACACACAGGCGACACUGUUUUCAGGUCGUGCGAUAUUGAUCCCCUGACCAAUGACCACGUAUGGUUGUUCACGCUGCCAAACUACUCAAUUUCACUUCAACCCUUUUUUUUUUUAAUCUGCAUUAUAACAUUUAGUCUUGAGGGUCACAAACAGUUCCACAUCUGAGCUUUGGCUUUGGGAGGCCACCAAGGUGUUGCUCAGGAGAACUGGAAGGAUUUCACAAAUGCUCUGGACCACCUCAGUUUCCCAUAAUGCACUAAAAGAAUGGCUGAAUUUGAAUUAUUUUUAAAAAUCUCCAGACUUUCAGAUGGCCAAAACUGCUGCACAUGAUCACAGCUAAAAGAAUCCUCCAGAGAAGUGGACAUCUGUGACUGCAGUCUCAUGACAGACAUUGUUGAAAUAGGUCUGGACCUAGCGGGGAAGACCAACUGUGACACAGUGAGGAGGACCAUCUGUGUGCUGCAUCGUGGAAAAGGUUAUUGUUCAGAAAGUUACUGGUGAAGUUCACCUCACCAUUUUUGGUUGUACCAUGUCUCACAGAUGCUCAAGGUUGUUGCUACAUUUUUGCUUCUUAUGUUCAAUAUUGUUUUCUACCCAGUGAUUAAAGCAUAAUGCUCACUGCCUCAGUGAGUUUCAACUUCAUAUUGUGAAC